AUGGCUCUGGAUCGUGGUACGCCUGAAGGUGUAGAGGCCUGGCUUAUAGAAAUGUCGGCAAAACCUUGGUCGUUUCCCACAGCGGUCGGCCCAGAACUCUCGCAAGAAAUAUUACAACACAUUUGUAAUCGCUGGGACACCUACACACCUAAUCUUAAACUAGGAGUUUUGUUUGCUAUACUGAGCAUUAGAAAACUAUUGGUGAGCCAGAUGAAGGAUGAGUUAUCAGCGAUAAUCGAAAAAGGCACUCGAGAAAAAGAAGAUGAAUGGGUUAUUUUAAUAUCAAAAAUGUUGCGGGAGUAUCCAAGCACUACAGCACUUGAUUUGAAUAUAGAACGACACAUCCCGACGGCUGCUCAGAAUGGACUUCAGAAUUUAAUGAAUAAGAUACGGCAAAAUGGAAUCAAAUUCCAUCCGGUUGAAUAUGCAUUCAUUGAUCGCGAUAUUUGCGAUUCUUUUUCUACGCUCUCAGUAAACUCUUCUGUUACAUCAACACAUUUUGUUUUGCGAGAUUCAACUGCUGCAAAUUCUGCGAAUCAAAUACGUACAACGAUUCUAAAUAAUAUGUCUGUGCCACCUUCUCCAAGUUUGACCUCACCAGUAAAUGUAUCAGGAUUCAAUUUUCCGCCAGUUGGUCAAUCUCAAAAUCAGGCUUUACAUGGCCCUCCAAGCCGUUCCAACUCAGUUUCUUCCGGACAAUCCCUUUUUAUUCCUUCAAAGCGCCGGCCUUCGCAGUUAACACAACCCUACUCUAAAGGUAUAAAUCCUCCAAAACCAGGUCCAAUUAAUACAAGCAGAGCAGGGUCCUUACCUGGUGCAGGAACAUCUUCGCAAAGUUCAGAAUCACCUACCGAACAAAAGAUCACCAUUACCCAAGGUAAAAAAUAUCAGAAACCGUCAAGAAUUCAAAUGAUUGAUAUAUCAACUGGGUCGAAAAUUAUCAAGGAUCAGGAGGAAACAAAGCGGCAGACACAAUUAGAGGAACAACAAUCGAAGGAAGCGCGACGGCUUGAAAGAGAAAAAAAACAGGAAGAAAAACGACGUGAAGAGGAAGAGAAGAAACAACAAAAAGAACAAGAAAAGGCCGAGAGGGCCGAAAAGCUGCGGUUAAAAGAAGAAGCUAAAAGAAAAAGAAGUGAAAAAACCGAAAAGAAGACUACUACGAAGACUACCACCGCGACCGAAACUGAAACUACGGAUGCACCAGUUAAUAAUUAUCCAUGCAAGUAUAAAGAUAUCAUAUACUAA